GCAAGCGCCACUCCCAGCAGCCGGAACGUUUGCGCGUCGCUACCGCGCGCGGCGGAAGGACUUCGGCGGAGCACUUAGAGCGGAUUGAGCUGAACUUCCGGCAGAGCAGAGCUCGGCAGGACAGGUACAAAAUGGAUGAAGAGCCUGAAAGAACUAAGCGAUGGGAAGGAGGCUAUGAGAGAACAUGGGAGAUUCUUAAAGAAGAUGAAUCAGGAUCACUUAAAGCUACAAUUGAAGACAUUCUUUUCAAAGCAAAGAGAAAAAGGGUAUUUGAGCACCAUGGACAAGUUCGACUUGGAAUGAUGCGCCAUCUAUAUGUGGUAGUAGAUGGAUCAAGAACAAUGGAAGACCAAGAUUUAAAGCCAAAUAGACUGACAUGUACAUUAAAGUUGUUGGAAUACUUUGUAGAGGAAUAUUUUGAUCAAAAUCCUAUUAGUCAGAUUGGAAUAAUUGUAACAAAGAGUAAAAGAGCUGAAAAACUGACUGAACUCUCAGGAAACCCACGGAAACAUAUAACAUCUUUGAAGAAAGCUGUAGAUAUGACUUGCCAUGGAGAACCAUCUCUUUAUAACUCCUUAAGCAUGGCUAUGCAGACUCUAAAACAUAUGCCCGGACAUACAAGUAGAGAAGUCCUAAUCAUCUUUAGCAGCCUCACAACCUGUGAUCCCUCUAACAUCUAUGAUUUAAUCAAGACCCUAAAGGCGGCUAAAAUCAGAGUGUCUAUUAUUGGAUUGUCUGCAGAGGUUCGAGUAUGCACUGCGCUUGCUCGUGAAACUGGUGGCACGUAUCAUGUUAUUUUAGAUGAAAGCCAUUACAAAGAAUUGUUAACACAUCAUGUUAGUCCUCCUCCUGCUAGCUCAAAUUCUGAAUGCUCACUUAUUCGUAUGGGAUUUCCUCAGCAUACCAUUGCUUCUCUGUCUGACCAAGAUGCAAAACCCUCUUUCAGCAUGGCGCAUCUGGAUAGCAACACUGAGCCAGGACUUACAUUGGGAGGCUAUUUCUGCCCGCAGUGUCGGGCAAAGUACUGUGAGCUUCCUGUUGAAUGUAAAAUCUGUGGUCUUACUUUGGUGUCUGCUCCCCACUUAGCACGGUCUUACCAUCAUUUAUUUCCUUUGGAUGCUUUUCAAGAAAUAUCUCUGGAAGAACAUAAUGGAGAAAGGUUUUGUUAUGCCUGUCAGGGGGAAUUGAAAGACCAACAUGUCUAUGUUUGCAGUGUGUGCCAGAAUGUGUUCUGUGUGGACUGUGAUGUUUUUGUUCAUGACUCUCUCCAUUGUUGUCCUGGCUGUAUUCAUAAGAUUCCAGUUCCUUCAGACACCAAGAAGAGGAAACAAACCCUGACCUUGCGGCCCUGUGACCCUCCCAGCCUAAGAGGCAGACCUGUAAAGAGCUCCAUGUGACAGUGCUGAUGAUUUGCCAAGUGCAUGGGAGUGCAGAAGAGAGGCUGUGACAUGGGCUCUGGUGCAAAUUCAAAUACCUGAGGAGACCGGGCAGGUUAUGCAAAUACUUGAAAAGGAGCCAGGUUAAUGCAAAGUGGUAAGCACCUGAAAAGUACCGGUUCCAUCUGCAGGAGGCAGCCUCUGGAUGCUUGGAGCAGGGGUGGAGAGAUGCAGUCUCAGUACACCCUUUUGUACCUUUUGAAUUUUAUACAUGGGCAUCUGUUAACCUAGUCCACAAGAAAAAAGUUUUUUCAAAGGAGGUAACUAUUACUCAGCUCCAACCUAUUUUUUAUUUCUGAAAAUGUAGUUUCCCUCAGGCUGUAUAUUUUAAUAUUUAAAUAGAAACUGAAAAACUGGACUUUUAAGUGAAUUCCCUAAGUUUUAAAUGUUGACAUCUAAUUUUUUAAAACCACACAAAUGUUAAUUUUUAGAACAUCAUCACAAUCUUAAGAGUAGGUGAUGAUUUCUUAGGACACAAAAAGCAUCUAUCUUAAAAGGAGAAAAUUAAAGUCAGACUUCAUCAAAAUUUAAAACAUCUGCUUUGGAAUACUCCAUUAAGAAAACAAAAAGAGUUCAUAGACAGGGAGAACAUGUUUGCAGUGCAAACAUAUAACAGAAGACUCGUGUCUAAAAAUAUAUAAACAAUUCUUGCGUUCAAUAAAUGACCAAUUUAUCUUAUUUUUACUGUUUUUUCUGACUGCACAUGUCCCAGGUAUUUUUAAAUUGAAAGACAGUAUAGAAAUCAUGAAAUGAUGUCUAAGGGUCCUCAAUAUAUGCUGCAAUGACCAAGGUCCCCAAUGCAAUGACAUAAAAUCUGGCAUUAGCACCUGCAGGCUUUGUUAGACCUCCUUUCUUGAUUGUUGCAUACUCUUUCUGGUGUUCAACCAGCUUCAAGAAUAUUUGCUAUUUCUUGUCAUGGAAUCUUUUAUCCUCUCAUCUGGAAUGCACAGCUUUCCCAACUUGGCUCAUUCUUUGCCAUGACCUCCUGUACAGAAGUGAAACACCCUGAGGCACAAGCUGUCAGACUAGCAGCACGCACAAGGACAGAUUCCCCCUCUUGUGACAGGACCACAGGCCUGCCAGUAAUGUCUGUACGCAUUUGCACAGACACGGGAUUCUUGUUCAGGCCCCCACACAAGAAGAGAGUGCUGACAGGGUGCCCAGCUGCCUACCUGGCUUCUUACUGAUGCACGCCUUGAGAGCAGGUAGAGAAUGGCAAGAUCGUCAAGGUCCAGAGGCCGUAAAGAAAGAAAUACAUGAAUAGCCAAUUAAGUCAUUAAGUUAAAACCACAAUGAGAUACAUACCUAUGCCCUAAAAUGGCUAAUGAUACAGCUCCUUAGAUGUGUAUGCAUGUUUUGGUUAAAAAAAGGCAUUGAAAAUAGUACUAAAACUUAAAACAUUUCAAUCCAGAGGCCAUCCCCUUUAGUGUCAGAUCUGCUGAAGGAGACUGCUUGCUGUGGAAAUCUCACCAAACAUGUAAAUCAACAGUGAGGAACCCCACAAGCUAAGCCUUCUUACUCAGAUCCAGGUGACUGCUUAAAUGUCAUCUGGAAAGUUGGCAUGACCCUGUUCCAUGUGGUCUAUCAAUUUUCCACCAACACUGACCACUUUCAUUCAGCCAAAACCCAGGGACCAUGGCUAGAAACAAGUGCCCAGAUGCUUGGUAGAAAAAUUCAGUUUUGUGCCUAUCCCCAUGUGACAAGAUGUUCCACAGAUUACAGCCAGCCUUGAUGUCACUGGCUUUCCCUCACAGGUGUGGCUGUGCAUGCUCACAUCUCCAGUCACUCCCUGGGGACAGAGAUGCUGGUGGCAGCUGCCUUGGCGAGCUCAUUCUACCAUGAGGACAGCAGUACUGUCAAGCACCACCGCAGAAUCCUCCUCCUAAACAACCCAGCUUAAAAAUGGGCAAGGACUUCCCUGGUGGUACAGUGGAUGAGAAUCCAUCUGCCAGUGGAGGAGACUCAGGUUCAAUCCCUGGUCC